CACUUCUUGAUCAUAAUCGAGCCGGCAUUUCGAUCAGUUUCAUUUCAUCGGUCGUGGAUUCAAGUCGCUUCUUCUUUUGGUUAAACUUGAGUAUCGAACCAAAACCAAAUCGUGUCUCGUGUUAUUGCAUUUCAUCAAAAUGGAUAUAAAAAUCGAACUAAGAAAUAAUCGAUAAUUUAAGUGGUGUUUUUUAUUUUAAAAUUUAACAAAAGUGAUAUAAAAAAAAAGUUAAACAAAAUUCAACAAAUCAUUUUCAAUGCACGAAAUAAUCGAAUUGUGUAAUGGUGAACAAAGUUAUGCGAAAAAUUCCUCUUAAACGGAGAAAAAACAAUCGAAAUGAUCAAAGUUUAAGUUGUUCACUUUUUACUGCCGUCACUGUAUCUAAAAAUAAUAAUAAUAAAUCAUCGCCUGACCAAAGACAUCACCAUCUUUUAUUGCCUCAACAAUGGGUCACGUUCAGUACUGCACUCAUCAUCAUCGUCAUCUUUAAUAUCACAUGGACUUCAACUUUUGGUUAUGUGAACGUUGCUGCUGCCGAUACUGACGCUAACGCCAACGACAAUGACAGAAAUGACGGAGAUAACGGCCUGGUUGAUCUUAUCAAGGAGUUCGGAAUAUCGGAUGUCCCAGUUGGUAUUAAACAAGCGAAAGGUUUUUGUGGCAGCGAACGCAACGCCUACCAAGCCUCAUAUCCAUCACCAGCUUUCACUCUAACCAAAGAAGCCAUCUUAACCAUACAAACAUCGAAAGCCUUCCCCAACGGCUUCCCUGAAGACUUUUCAAUCCUGAUAGCUGUCAAACCUAGCAAUCGAAGUCAAGUGAAGGUCCCCGUCUUCACAAUUUACUCCGAAGAGAGUGAAGAUGUUCUUUCGGUGACAAUUGGUCGGGAAAUCGGAAUGAUCUAUCAACAAGUUGACGGAUUGAAUUAUCAACGAAAUGACAUCAACUUUGGCAUUGGUAUCAAUGACAAUAAAUGGCAUCGAUUUGGAAUCAGUGUCAAAGGAAAUGCUGCGACUUUGAUUUUGGACUGCAAUAAGCAAGUAACUCGACGUUUGGACAGGCAGUUGGGGUCGUCGAUUCCGACUAAUGGUUUGAUAUUGACAGGAGUUCAGUUGACAGAUGAUGAAGGCUUUUUUACCGGUGACAUUCAGAUGAUGCAUGUUGCUGAUAAUCCUGAUGCUGGUUAUGACAUUUGCUCGAAAUAUGUUCCAUCGUGUAGAAACGUUGUUGUUGUUGGGGAAUCUCAAGAGGGAGACCUGAAUGAUAUACGGCGGUUUGAAAGUUCAUCAUGGAGUUCUACUGGUGGAGGUGGCGGUGGGCUGGGAAGGACAUAUUUUGAAAGUUCCAGUCAAAACCCGACGAUUGAGAGUUUUCGUGGUGGCCCAACUAGUAGCUCUAGUUUUCACUAUUCAUUAAGUGGAUCCUCAGGUGGCGGUGGUGGUUUUGGAGAAAGUGGGUCUGAUGGAUAUGUAACUGGGAGUAGCUCUGGAAAUGUCGGGGGGUCUGGUGGCUUUGAAAAUGAAGGCGGUUCAAGAGGUGGAACUUCGUCAAGUAGUUCUUCCAGUUCUGGUUCAUUUUCCGGAGGAGGUGCCAUGGAAAACGGAGGCAUCAAUUUGGGCUCAAGUUACCAUUCUUCAAGACAUCCUGGAGGCAUUUCAGAAUCUGAUGAUAAUCUUUCAACAACUGGUGGCUUCGGACCAACUGAUAAUUCAAUUGAAGCUCCCAAUUCUACCGAAGUUGAAGUCUCAGUUGAGGAAUCACUUUCGGGAGGUGGUCUUAACGGUCAUGGAUACAUCCCAGAGAGAAAGAACAAAACUGAUUCUCAGGAGAACAGUGGUGGCCAAGAUGAGGAUGAGUUUGAUUUGAAUUCCUUCAAUGCUGGCUUAGGAGGAAGCAGAGAGAAGCCAGGUGGAAGACGAAAAUCAAAAGGGCGAAAGAAGCACAAGCCAUCAACGAGUUCAGGAGUAGGCACUGAUAUGGCGACAAUAGUUCCAGAUCGAAGAAAUAAUGAAACCACACUAGGACCAUAUCAACCAAGUUCUAUCACUUGUUACCCCGGACCAAGAGGUUAUACUGGACUGCCGGGACCUCCAGGAGAACGAGGACCAAAGGGCGAUCCAGGAAGAGAUGGUCUUUCAGGCACAACUGGAGGUCCUGGAGCACCGGGUCAUGUUUUUGUUGUUCCGAUCAGCCAAAGUAAUGAGAAAGGGCCCGAUACCCAAGCUGAGGCCUUGAGACAGAUGCUUUCACAACACAUGAUGUCAAUGAAAGGACCAGAAGGACCAAUGGGAUUAACAGGGCUUCCUGGACUAAGUGGGCCACCAGGUCCUCAGGGGAUUAAAGGAGAACCAGGAGAUGUUGGAGAACCGGGAACUCGAGGUCUUAGGGGUCCAGCGGGAUUACAAGGUCGUGAAGGCCGACGUGGAAGAUCUGGUCGAGAUGGUGAACGAGGAGCCGUUGGGCCAGCUGGAGUCAAAGGUGAAAUCGGGCCAAUGGGCUCGCCAGGUUUGCCAGGUGAUAAGGGUCAUAGAGGUGUACCAGGAGUUCCAGGAGAGAAAGGCCAACAAGGCCUCGAGGGACAGCCUGGAGAAGAGGGACCCACAGGAUUGCCGGGGCUACCAGGAGAGUUGGGCCCACGAGGUUUUCUUGGACCCCGAGGACUUCCCGGUCCAGCAGGUAAUCCUGGUUUACCUGGGAACGAAGGUGCUCAAGGCGUGAAGGGCAACCCCGGUUUGACUGGUCUUCCAGGUGCACCAGGUCAACAAGGCGCAUCUGGACCACCAGGGGCUCCCGGUCAACAGGGAAAUCUUGGACCGCCUGGAAUAUCUGGGCCAUCUGGUAAACCUGGUUUACCGGGCUUGCCUGGAGCGGAUGGUGCUCCAGGUCGGGCUGGAACACCGGGCUCUAUGGGCAGCAAAGGUGAUCAAGGAAUGCAAGGUGUUCAGGGACCAGUUGGUUUCCCAGGAUCUAGAGGACCCAAAGGUGACGAUGGACCUCGAGGGCCAAUGGGGGACAAAGGUGACAAUGGGGAACGUGGCUUGGAUGGUGAAAAAGGAGAUACUGGUUUGCAAGGAGAGCGUGGAAAUGCUGGACAACCAGGAAGUCCGGGACCUGAAGGUCCAGAAGGACCAAAGGGAUUUGAAGGACCUCGUGGUGAAGUUGGAAUGAUUGGUCCGACCGGUGAAAAAGGGAAAGAAGGACCCCAAGGCUUCCAAGGCUAUCCUGGAGCAACUGGUGACAAAGGUGAUAAGGGUGCUACAGGAGCUACGGGGCCAGCUGGAAUUAAAGGCGAAAGAGGACUACAAGGAACUCAAGGCGAACGUGGUGAAAUAGGUCCUCGAGGAUUCAGAGGUUCUAGAGGUCGGCGUGGUAAUGAUGGUAUUGUUGGACCGAAGGGUGAUACUGGACAGCCAGGUCCACCAGGAGCUCAAGGAGAAGCCGGUCGACAAGGAACUGAAGGACCAAGAGGAUUUAUAGGAAUGCCUGGACCACCAGGGGCCGAUGGAAAGAAUGGACCUGCUGGACCAGCUGGAGAAAGAGGAUCACCGGGAGAACCAGGAAAACCAGGACCCACAGGCGAGCCAGGAGUAAUUGGACCCAGAGGAGCUACUGGAGACAUGGGACAAGUCGGUGAACCUGGUGUGCCAGGGUUGCCAGGACUUCCUGGAGAGCCAGGACUGCCAGGAGAUGCAGGCAAAGAAGGUCAUCCAGGCCCACCAGGACCUAUGGGCAACCCAGGGCCACAAGGCCCUACAGGUCUACCAGGUUUUCCUGGAGAUCGUGGACAUCAAGGACAACCAGGCCUUCCAGGGCUGAAGGGUGAGCUCGGCUUAUCUGGAGCUCCAGGAUUACCAGGUGAUAAGGGUCAAGCUGGAGAACCUGGAAAAGAAGGUCCACAGGGUCAGAUGGGACGACCGGGACCACCGGGAAAUUUGGGAGCUCCAGGAGCAAAGGGAGAAGUCGGUGAAAAAGGACCUAUUGGUCCAGUUGGUCGCGAUGGUUUGGCAGGAUUACGUGGUCUUCCGGGUCCUCCAGGGCCAGCAGGAACACCAGGUGAAGAUGGUGACAAAGGCGAAGUUGGACCUCCGGGCGAGAAAGGUCUUAAGGGCACACAAGGAGAGAUGGGUCCAAUGGGAUCAUCAGGACCACAAGGCCCUCGAGGAGAAUCAGGACCACCUGGGACACCAGGAGAUAAGGGACCAACCGGUGAAAUGGGACGUGCAGGUAUAAAAGGCGAAGAUGGCAAACCAGGAAUAGCAGGCCCUCCAGGUAACAUGGGACUUCAAGGAUUACCUGGUCCACCAGGAAUGAAAGGAGAAAGAGGUGACGAUGGAAUGAUGGGUCCCGUGGGACCGAUUGGAAUACCUGGAGAACAAGGACGACGCGGACCCAAGGGAGCCAGUGGAGCACAAGGUAAACCUGGAGCUCCCGGUCCAAUUGGUUUUACUGGAGCCGAUGGAGCUCAAGGACAACCUGGACCGAUUGGAUCACCCGGAAAAGAAGGUGAACGUGGCCCAAUGGGACCAAAAGGUGAAGAAGGUAAAUCUGGUUUACCUGGACCUACAGGAAAACAGGGUAAUCCAGGUCCAGAAGGUCCCAAAGGAGCUGUUGGAACUCGAGGCUAUCCAGGAAAUAAUGGCGAACCAGGUUUGCCUGGAAUAAAGGGUGAACCAGGAAAAGAAGGUGAAGAUGGUAAACCAGGUGAACAGGGUAUGCCAGGUGAAUAUGGUCCACCAGGAAGAGUUGGAGAACCAGGACCGCCAGGAAAACACGGCCCUGAAGGUCCAGCAGGUAUUCAAGGAAGCACUGGGCCAACGGGGGAAAAGGGUGACAAAGGUGAUAUAGGUCCAUCUGGCCCUAUGGGAAUUAUUGGACCACAAGGUUUACCCGGAACUCAAGGGCCAGCUGGUUUGAGAGGACAUCCUGGUGCUACAGGAGAAACUGGAAGAGCUGGUAGUGUUGGACCGGCUGGUCCUAAUGGAAAAAUUGGUGAUACUGGCCCAGACGGACAAAAAGGUGAUCGAGGUAGGCGUGGCCCUAAAGGACAUCGCGGCGAACUUGGAAUGGUCGGCUUGAAAGGAGAACAAGGAGAAAAGGGAGAUAGAGGUUUCCGAGGUCCGCAGGGUCCCGAAGGACGCAAAAGUGAAACUGGUCCCAUGGGACAGCUUGGUUUCAAGGGCAAUGAUGGACCACCCGGUCCAGUUGGUGAACCUGGAAAACUGGGUCCAAAAGGCACUGAGGGCGCAACUGGUCCCAAAGGAGAUAUGGGACCAGCUGGUCCACCCGGACCACCAGGAGCUCCUGCAGAUGCCCCACUCAUUCCACCAGAGCUUCUCUUCCAAAUGGGAGAAUACGGCAGUACUAAAGCCGACAUUAGGCGUCGCAGAGACGUCCACAGCUUCGAAGAUCUCGCUGCUGUGGAUGACGAUGAUGAUUUCAAUGAACUAAUGGGCCUUUCAAAGGACUCCAAAUCAAAGCGAAAAUCGAAAAGGAAGAAGACAACGAAAAAAGAAGAUCUCCCUCCCAAGUUCCAAGACAUGUACAGUGCAAUCUAUACAAUGCGUCAAGAAAUGGAUCGAAUUCGAAAACCUUUGGGCACUCAAGAUAAUCCCGCCCGAACAUGCAGAGAUCUUCAUUUCGGUCAUCCAGACUUUAAAGAUGACUGGUAUUGGAUCGAUCCCAAUUCGGGCAUGGCUGAUGAUGCCAUCUAUGUUUACUGCAACAUGACUGCCGAAGGAGAAACAUGUGUACCAGCUGACGUUCAUACAGCUCAAAUGCCAAGCAUUCCAUGGCGAAAGGAGGAAACAUUGGAUUGGUAUUCGAAUAUGCGAGGAGCUUCAAAGAUCACCUACGACACUGUGGGUACGGUUCAGUUGACUUUCUUGAAACUUCUCUCACAAGAAGGCUAUCAGAACUUUACCUACUCUUGUUCGAAUAGUGUGGCUUGGUUUAGUGCAAAGGACAACAAUUUUACGAACGCCAUUAAGCUCCAAGGCGACAAUGAUCUGGAAAUUGGAAACGAUGGAACUUCUGUUAAGCCAAAUGUGCUCUUUGAUGGUUGCCAGCAUGGCAACAUUCAAUCGGAGACGAUCUUAGAAGUUCGAACGAAACGCUUGAACUACCUGCCAAUAACCGAUUUUUACCCAAUGGACUAUGGACAGCCAAAUCAAGCCUUCGGCUUCAAAGUCGGAUCAGCGUGUUUUAAAUGAGAUAAAGAAUUUAAGUAGAGAAUGAAGAGAAAAAGGAAUGAAAUCGACAAAAUUGUAAAUGAAAAACAAAAUACUGACGAACAACAAACUUGACUGCCAAAGAAUUCAUAAUUUUUAGUUCCCUAAUAACUAAUCUAAAUAAGUGUACUUAUUAGUUAAAUUAUAAUUUUAUAAAAGUGUAUAUUUUUAAAAGUAUAUUAAGGUACUUAUAGUUUUAAGGAGAGUCAUCUAGUUGUAUAAGAAAAUAAAACUAAAUCAACUUGAAAAAAA